AUGAGCAGUUCUGUGCUAAGUGGGAGCAGCCCCGGCUCCAGUGGGGUCUCGGAAUCCACUGACCUCUUCAGGGACCUAUGGGGUCGACUCAAAGAAUGUCACGAUAGUGCACUGCAAGGUUUGCAAACCAAAGUGAACAAGCUAAAGAAGGAGCGAUGUUUAGAUGCCCAAAGACUGGAGGAGUUCUACAGUAGACACCAGCAGCUGAGGGAGCAGCACAAAACCCUGCAGGACACUGUCACAGUUCUGGAGGACAGGCUGCGGGCAGGGCUGUGUGAUCGCUGUUCCGUCACAGAGGAGCACAUGAGGAAGAAGCAGGUGGAGUUUGAGAAAGGCCGUCAGCAGAACAUACGCCUCAUCGCAAAGAUCAUGACAGAGAGGAACAGCCUGCAGGAUGAGAACAGAAAGCUGAGUCUUGAGUUGGAUAGGCUGAAUGGAUCUCUCUCAGCGUCUCCUGAGCCAGAGGGAGCGGUGAUCUCAGACUCUCCACUGCAGCAGAUCUCCCUGCCUGUGGUCAGCAAGAUGAGGAAGGAGACCCACCAUGUCUGCUACGCCGAGAAGUCCCUGUCUCAGUCCGAGAGCUCAGCGCUCCACGGUCAGUCUGCUUCAUACAAAGAAAUACAUAAAUGUAAAUGGCCUAACCCCCAGAGAAAGGGUCCCUUCCUGGGCUGCCCCAGCACCACCAUCACUGAGGACGGCCCCCCGUCCAUCCUUCCCCGCCUGAAGCUCAGCCCCGCCAACGCCCAUCAGUGCCACCAGGAGGGGAUAGCCCGCGUCGCACCACUUAGAGCCACCUCCACCCCAUGUGGCCUCUCUCACCGAGAGCUGGAGAGAGGGAAGAGGAGGAGGAAAAGCGGUGAGAAGGAGGAAGAUGAGGAAGUGGUUGACAAGCCUCUGGACCUUUCCGACUCCCCACAGAAAGCCCUGGUGCCUCCGCUCAAUGCCCAGAGAGGUAGCAGCAUCCCUGGGGCAGAGAACCAAGACAGAGGCCAAAAGCAUCACAUCCUAUUUAAGCAUCCCUCCACCUCUCCAAGUGAUGAACAAUCCAAAAAUGUGUCGCUUAGUCACCAGACCCACAAUGUCCACCACGAGCCAAUCAGAAAGCGGAGUCGGGAGGAUACUGAGAAUCUGAAGCAGACCUCUGUCCUGCAGGCCAACCCCUGUGCUCGUGUGAAGAGGAGCCCUCCGCAGGACAACAACGGUACUGCAUCAACAACGCUGCCCUCCGAUGCCCCUGAAACGCCACUGGGAAAAGCCAAGCUGAUGCCAGCAGAGCAGACGUGGAGUCUGGACCCAGAGUCAGCCCUCUCCCAGUAUGAUGUAGACACCCCUACUCCAGCAGAGCCCCUCUGUGAAGGCGAGACUGUUGAUAUGGACUGCACCUUCGUCAGCCACAGCCUGCUUCUCCGAGGAGCUCCAAGAACCAGCUCUGUUACUGGGAUUGGUCAGAGGGCCAACGACCGCUUGGCUGAGAUAUUCGACAGAACAGGCUACGAGGAGUACGAGUCGUGUCCUCAGCAUGACGGCUCAUAUCUGGACAAAGAGGAGCCCCAUCGUGGGGAGGAAGGACAUAAGGAUGCACACAUGCCUCAACCUGGAACGCCCAAUGGAGAACACAAAGACAGUAAAAACCUAUCGUUUGCACACGUGGAGGUGGUCCGCAAGAAAGCUGAGAGGAGGAAACUCAAGGGGCACACAUGUAAAGAGUGUGAAAUCUACUAUGCUGACCUUCCAGAGGCAGAGAGGGUGAAGAAGUUGUCAGCCUGUUCUCGGCACCGCUUCCGUUAUCUUCCUCCAUCAACCCCAGAGAACUUUUGGGAAGUCGGCUUCCCUUCAACACAAACCUGUGUGGACAGAGGUUAUAUAAAAGAAGAUAAUGAUCCAGAGCAGCGCUUAAGGAGGAGGAGACCUUACAAUGCCAUGUUCUCACCCAAAGGCAAAGAGCAGAAGACUUGAACCAGUAGGGGAAAAUAAAUACCCAAUCAAACAAAACUGUAUAAAAUGUUCAUUGGCACACUGCCAGUAUCAUAAUCCUAGUGCCUCACAAAGGAAUAGGUGUGCCUUUAGUGGUGUAUAUACACCCAGACAUAUCGCAGGUUCUUAUAAUUGUUUAAACACAAUUAAAUGGACUCUGUCAGGUCUACAGAGUAUUCCAAUGUCCUCAAGAAAUGAAUACAGAAUAUGCAGCAAAAACCUCUGCUCAGUUAAUUAUUCUUUGAAACUAAUAUGCACCGUUGACCACUACUCUUAGCACCUUCUUUCCUAUCUAGAACAUUAAAGGGCUCUUUGGCUGUCCCCAAAGGAGAACCCUUUGAAUAACCCUUUUGGGUUCCAUGGAGAAGCGUUUCUACCUGG